GACGCGCUUCGCUUGCCGAUCUCCUUCGACUCCUUUUCGUUCCGUCAGCGCUGCUUCGUGUAGAAGGGCAGCAGUUCCGAUCAGAUCUUUCUUGCUUCCUGCCGGUAAGGGGUAUUCAUCUCAUUUGAGGGAUACGAUCGGAUCUGACGCCUUGUGAAGUGGAGGGGAUAUGGAGAGCUUGAUUUCGCUCGUGAAUAGAAUCCAGAGGGCUUGCACGGCCCUGGGAGACUAUGGUGAGGAGAGCGCGCUGCCGACGCUGUGGGAUUCGCUGCCUUCCAUUGCUGUGGUGGGAGGGCAGAGUUCGGGCAAAUCUUCAGUGCUGGAGAGCGUAGUUGGGAAGGACUUCUUGCCUCGGGGAUCUGGUAUUGUCACGCGACGCCCUCUGGUGUUGCAACUUCAUAGAAUUGAUGAAGGGAGAGAGUAUGCUGAGUUUCUUCAUCUCCCACGGAAGAAGUUUACAGAUUUUGCUCUUGUUAGGAAGGAGAUUCAAGAUGAAACUGAUAGGGAGACUGGCCGCAGCAAGCAAAUUUCUAGUGUCCCUAUACAUCUGAGUAUUUAUUCUCCUAAUGUUGUGAACUUGACGCUGAUUGAUCUUCCGGGGCUUACCAAGGUGGCCGUCGAGGGUCAACCUGAUAGUAUUGUUGCAGAUAUAGAGAACAUGGUUCGCUCUUUUAUUGAAAAGCCUAACUGCAUUAUUCUGGCAAUAUCACCUGCAAAUCAAGAUCUUGCAACCUCUGAUGCUAUCAAAAUUGCCCGUGAAGUUGACCCUAAAGGAGAGAGGACUUUUGGAGUGCUAACUAAGAUUGAUCUUAUGGAUAAGGGUACUGAUGCUGUUGAGAUUUUGGAAGGAAAAGCAUAUCGCCUGCAGUAUCCGUGGUUUGGUGUUGUCAAUCGAUCCCAAGCUGAUAUCAACAAGAAUGUUGACAUGAUUGCUGCCCGGCGUAGAGAGCGAGAAUAUUUUGCUAGCUCCCCAGAUUACAAGCAUCUUGCUCAUAGAAUGGGCUCCGAGUAUUUAGGAAAGAUGCUUUCUAAACAUUUGGAGACAGUUAUCAAGUCUCGCAUCCCUGGCUUACAGUCUCUCGUUAGCAAAACUAUUGCUGAACUCGAAGCUGAACUAAGUCGGCUUGGGAAACCGGUUGCAACUGAUGCUGGAGGUAAGUUAUAUAUGAUUAUGGAGAUCUGUCGUGGCUUCGAUCAAAUAUACAAAGAGCAUCUCGAUGGAGUGCGGCCCGGUGGUGACAAGAUAUAUAACGUCUUUGAUAAUCAACUUCCUGCUGCUUUAAAAAGGUUGCAGUUUGACAAGCAGCUCUCAAUGGAGAAUGUGAAAAAGCUAAUCACUGAAGCUGAUGGAUACCAGCCCCACUUGAUUGCUCCUGAACAGGGAUAUCGUCGUCUUAUUGAGUCAUCAUUAGUUAGCAUUAGAGGCCCAGCUGAGGCAUCUGUUGAUGCGGUUCAUGCCAUCCUUAAAGAGCUGGUUAGUAAAGCUAUCAGAGAGACUGUGGAGCUCAGGCAAUAUCCUAGCCUUCGUGUGGAGGUUGGAAAUGCAGCUAUUGAGUCGUUAGAGAGAAUGAGGGAGGAAAGCAGGAAAGCAACUCUGAAGCUAGUUGACAUGGAAUGUAGUUAUCUGACUGUUGAUUUCUUCCGGAAGCUUCCUCAGGAUGUUGAGAAAGGCGGAAAUCCAACUCACUCUAUUUUUGACAGAUACAAUGAUUCAUAUCUCAGACGUAUUGGAACUAACGUUCUGGCCUAUGUCAACAUGGUAUGCUCAAGCUUGCGUAAUUCCAUUCCAAAAUCUAUUGUUUACUGUCAAGUGCGCGAGGCAAAGCGCUCACUGCUUGAUCAUUUCUUCACGGAAAUUGGAAAAAAAGAGGCCAAGGAGCUGUCGAAUUUGCUGAACGAGGACCCUGCAAUCAUGGAACGCCGAGUUGCUCUUACUAAGCGUUUAGAGUUAUACAGAAACGCCCAAACCGAAAUAGAUUCUGUGGCUUGGUCCAAGUGAUGAAGGGAAGUUUCCUGCUCUCUUCUUCACUCCAUCCCCCAUUGAUUGAGAUCUUCACAAGAGUUCUGAAGUUGAAAGGUCUAUUCAUUUAUUGGAUGCAAUGCCUGGAAGAAGUUUAAAGGUUAGCUUUUACUUCUUUGCUGGUCUCUUAUAUUGUAAGAAAGAAAGCAUUAUCAGAGCUUGUAGUGAACGAGAUUAUUGAUUUGAGCAUACAGUACUGUACUGCAAAGUUGUAGCUCACUGUUAUCUCAGUUACGGACCUCACACCUCUUUUAGUGGCUAUAUAUAUUGUUUUGGUAUUAGCAUAAA